AUGAGCUAUCAGGAGCAUGAGAAUGGCAAUGCCAAUGAGGACGGGAUAGUUGUGAGUGAGCAUGAGCAUGGAUCCAGUCAGGAGAAUCAUCAGAGAGGCAAUGAGGAUGAGCGAAACCGCCAAUCCCACGGGUCUACCACCAUUGUCGGGGAUCUUAAUCGUCAAACAAGUGAUCAAUGGGCGUGGUAUUGUGAGAAAGUUGGAAUAAUAGGUCAAAUACAUAAAGGUUUUUAACCAAUCAAUCAUAUGAUCUCCUAUAAUUAAAUAUAAAAAAAGAGUUUUUGCUUCUUCUUUCUACAAUAAUCAAUUUUCUAUAUAUAUACAUUUGAACCUAUAUAGUAUCAACCCCAAAACCAUUGUGAACUUUGUUUUCUUUAUAAAUGAUGUAUUAUUACAAUAUAAUCUAAUUCAGCUUUCUCUUUCAAUUCCUCCUUACAGUAUGCUAUCGGGAUGCACGUAUCUCGACCUACCACUUUUACAGUAUAAAAGGCGCAACUCAACACGUCGUACAGUGUCAAGUACAACUGUUGAGAUCUGGAACUUGAUCAACAAGACAUCCCCGGAUGAGGCCUGUAUUCACACUCUUUAUUGUCCAUGGCGCUGGUUUCCUCGAUUUCUUUCCUUCACUAAAGACGAAGAUGAAAGGUUAGUUAGAUGUAAUACCAGCAUUGGCUCUGAAGUUAGCCAAGAGACUCAAAGACAUACCACAAGAGCCCCAUCAGAUACCCGUAAGUCUUCUCAUUUCUUCCACAUCGCACAGUCUAUAGCCAACCUUAAUUGAUCCAUUUAUCUGUUUCAUCCUCUCCAUAUUCUAACGCAGCCCUGACAUCUCAUAUGUGGCAAUUUCCUCCGAAACACUUCUUUAAUUAAUGACUGAAAUCCUGCUGCCAUAGGACGAGCCCCAGUCGACUUCAAUUUCGAUACGAUCAUCGUCGCCCAAAGAGUAUUGGCACUUGAUUCACACAUACAAAUUGAACAUUGGAACAGAAUACGGAAUUUGUGCGUCUUAAUUGAGGGAGCAAACCGCCAUGAACUAUGCUCGCCAGGGGUUAUAAACCGUCUGAGCCAACUGUCAUUGUUCGAAAACAUUUUGAAGAUUUGCAUUGGUUGGGUUAUUCCGGGUCUGGAAUACGUGGGAGACUUUACAAUUUCUACGAUUGAGAAUCAGAGAGCUGCAGAUUUAUACUUGGCUCGAGCUCUAGAGGAGCAACUAGCAAUGCAUCAGCAAGCAAGUAUUCAACAUGUCGAGGUAGUUUACGUUCGGCAAGACGGCCUUAAAUGGUAUCACUUCUCCACACUCUGA